UUUUCUUGGAGGGCGUUAUUUUUAUUUCAGUGGAUAAAUUCACUCAAAGGUCCCCCAUCCUAUAUAAGACGAAAGGUUUCACAUAAGCUGUGCAUGAUUUGACCACACAUUUCUUUUUCCUCCUUCUCUCUUUCCAUCAUCUCUCUUUCACUUUCUUGUCAUUUCCUGUGAACCAACGUCCCCUGCCCCCCUUUUGAAGCAACUACAUGACAACACGAACAGCCAGAGGCACCUGUGAUCCCGCUCAGCGUAUCGGUACCUUUAUUGACAAUGACCGUCUGGAAAUCGUAGGCUUACUAGGCUUGGGAGCAUACGGUGCAGUUUAUCUUGGAAGACAUGUUCUUACUCGUAAACACUACGCCGUCAAAUGUCUUAAUAGAAUCGGCCUGACAAAACGACAACAUGGUUUCCAACAAAGAGAAAUUGCUCUCCAUCAAAUGCUGUCAGAUCAUCCUAAUAUCUUGACACUGGAGAAAGUCAUUCACACUACCGAAUGUAUCUACAUGAUACUAGAAUACUCCCGAGAAGGAGAUCUAUUUAAUGCUAUUACCGAAACCAAUUGUUAUGCGGGCAACGACCGUGCUAUCCGUCGAGUUUUUCUUCAAAUCAUUGAUGCUGUCAUGUACUGUCAUCACUAUGGUGUAUAUCACCGUGAUCUCAAACCUGAAAAUAUACUUGUAUUCGAAGGUGGUACCCGUGUCAAGCUCGCUGAUUUCGGACUCGCUACAACAGAUGAAGACUCUGUUGAUUUUGGAUGUGGAAGUACUUUUUAUUUCUCUCCAGAAUGCCAAGGAGGGAUUCAUCGAAAUAGCAAACCUUACAAGUCAGCACCCAACGAUGUUUGGUCAUUAGGGGUGAUCCUCAUUAAUUUAACCGCCGGCCGAAAUCCCUGGAAACAAGCCAGCGUGAAAGAUGAUACUUUUAAUGCAUACUUGCAGAAUCCGGAUUUUUUACUAUCCAUACUACCCAUCACAACUGAAUUGAAUGAGAUCAUAAAACGUAUCUUCUGUAUCAAUCCUGAUAAGCGUAUCCAACUUCAUGAACUAAGGAGACAAAUCGCUUCUUGCCGACAUUUCACUCGUCUAUCCAUAUGUCACGAAUCUUCUACAGCAGUUCCAUUACCUAUUCCAGAAACUGCUGCCAGGGCAUGUGCCAAACCUCGCACACCACCCCAAUCACCUACCUGUGCUGAAGAGGAAGCGGCCGCCACGAUUCCAUCUCCGCUCUCCUUCGAUAUGCCAGCCACACCUACUUACUCCUGUUCACUGGAUGAAGUCAAAGCUGCUACCACCAAUUCUACCCUCUCCAGCUCUUCCUGGCAGUCCAUUGGAGGUACGGAUAUUGUUACUGCCACUGCAACUCCGACGGCAAAUUUUGACCUGCAAUGUCGGAUUACCCUUUCUGCAAGUACGAAGGACGAAAUUUUACCCAAUAUGCAAACUGGAACAGUACCAUCUGAUCGUCGUUUUGAGCAAGACCAUCAUGGCGUGGACCUCACGCACAUAAAGAACUCAGUAUUCGUCAAUUCAUUUUCCUUUCUCUAGAUAGCCCCCCCACCCCCACCCCACCUGAAACUUUCAGUUUUCAAACAGUAGCAACCGGCUUGCUCAUAGAUACCACCCAAAUGUUUGUCACUUUUUGUGAAUUUUUUUUUUAAUACCUUUUUGAAUGUAUAUAACUUUGCAAGCAAAUCCCCCCCCUCUCAGGGGAUUCUCACUAUCUAAUUUUUUUGAAAAAAUUAUCAAAAAGAGAAUAA